AUGUUUUCCUCAGUGAAGCCGUACGAGAACCAGCGCUACACCUCCCUGAAGAAGGAGUGCCAGCGGCGGAAGCAGCUCUUUGAGGACCCGCUUUUCCCUGCCAACGACGAUUCCCUCUUCUACAAGUCAAGGAUCCAGGGUAUCCAGUGGAAGCGACCCAAAGAAAUCUGCAAUGAUCCACGUCUCUUUGUGGAUGGGAUCAGCUCCCAUGACUUACACCAGGGCCAGGUCGGGAACUGCUGGUUUGUGGCUGCCUGUUCCUCCCUGGCAUCCCGGGAGUCUCUGUGGCAGAAGGUCAUCCCAGACUGGAAGGAGCAGGAGUGGAACCCUGAGAAACCUGAGAGCUACGUGGGGAUCUUCCACUUCCAGUUCUGGCGUUUCGGUCAGUGGCUGGAUGUGGUGAUCGAUGACCGCCUGCCCACACUCCACAAUCAGCUCAUCUACUGCCACUCCAACUCCAAGAAUGAGUUCUGGUGUGCCUUGGUGGAGAAAGCUUAUGCCAAGUUGUCAGGCUGUUACGAGGCCCUGGAUGGAGGCAACACAGCUGAUGCCCUGGUGGAUUUCACUGGUGGGGUCUCUGAACCUAUCGACCUAACCGAAGGGGACUACAUCACUGAUGAAGCCAAGAGAAACCUCCUCUUUGAGCGCGUGUUGAAGGUGCACAACAGGGGAGGCCUCAUCAGCUGCUCCAUCAAGGCCACAUCAGCAGCUGACAUGGAGGCUCGCCUGGCCUGCGGGCUGGUGAAGGGCCAUGCAUACGCGGUGACAGACGUGCGGAAGGUCCGUCUGGGCCAUGGCCUUCUGUCCUUCUUCAAGUCAGAGAAGCUGGACAUGAUCCGUAUGCGCAACCCAUGGGGCGAGCGGGAGUGGAACGGCCCUUGGAGUGACACAUCUGAGGAGUGGCAGAAAGUGAGUAAAAGUGAGAGAGAGAAGAUGGGAAUGACAGUGGAAGAUGAUGGAGAGUUCUGGAUGACCUUUGAAGAUUUCUGCAAAUACUUCACAGACAUCAUCAAGUGCCGUCUGAUCAACACCUCCUACCUGAGCAUCCACAAGACCUGGGAGGAGGCAGUGCUACACGGGGCAUGGACCAGAAGCAGUGACCCCUUGAAAAACCGCUCCGGAGGCUGCAUCAACCACAAGAACACUUUCCUGCAGAACCCCCAGUAUGUGUUUGAUGUGAAGAAGGCAGAAGAUGAAGUGCUGAUCUCCAUCCAGCAGAAGCCCAAAAGGACCAGUCGCAAAGAGGGCAAAGGAGAGAACUUGGCCAUAGGCUUUGAUAUCCAUAAGGUGGAGUUGAAUAGGAACUACCGGAUGCACACCCUGCAGCAGAAGGUGGCCAGCUCCAUCUACAUCAACUCCCGCAGUGUCUUCCUGAGGACAGACCUGAAGGAAGGCCGCUACGUCAUCAUCCCCACUACUUUUGACCCUGGUCAUGAGGGCGAGUUCCUUCUCAGGAUUUUCACAGACGUGCCUUCAGAUUGCCGAGAGCUGACACUGGAUGAGCCACCACACACCUGCUGGAGUGGGAUGUGCGGCUACCCACAAGUAGUAUCCCAGAUCCAUGUCCUUGCUGCAGCUGGGCUCAAGAAUCAGGACUCCCAAGGAGGAGCUGACCCUUAUGUGAUCAUCAAGUGUGAAGGACAAAAGGUUCGCUCUCCAGUGAAGAAGAAUACGGUAUCACCAGAAUUCGAUGUGAAAGGGCUCUUCUACCGCAAGAAGCCAGGACAACCCAUCAUUGUUCAGAUCUGGAACCACAACUUGAUAAGUGACGAGUUCUUGGGCCAAGUGGUGCUCACGGGGGACCCCAGCGACCGGCAGUCAGUGCACACGCUGCACCUCCAGGACAAGGGGAACAGGAGGUCAAACGAUCUCCCUGGAACCAUUGCUGUGAUGCUGCUCAGCAGUAAUAUCCUCACUAAUGUCUGA